AAUGGUCAGCAGUUACUAUUGGACAGUUCCAUUUAGACAAUUCAAUUCAAUUAUAUUUAUAUAGCGCCAACUCACAACAACAGUCACCUCAAAACGCUUUAUAUUGUAAGUUAGACCCUACAAUAAUACAUACAGAGAAAAACCUAACAAUCAAAUCAAAUGACCCGAGUAAAUAAAAAAUGCAGCUAUUAAAUUAUGACUUCAUUUAUUAAGUGAAAAGGAUUAUCUGUAAAAGAGCCACCUAAACCUAAUAUGGGGUUAUCACCCCUCCCUUUUUCUCUCUGUCUUUCUUUUCCUUUUUUUCAUUGUUUUUUAUCCUUUAUCACUUCCCCUAUCUUUUGCCAACAUGGCUCACCCUCCGUCAGCUCUGGCAUAAUAAACACACAGAGUACAAUAUGAAUAAUAACAGAAAAAUUUUCCAAACAGUCUUGAGAGUCUUUAGGGUGUUUUUUGGCAAAUGGGAUACGAGCCAUUGUGUUCUUAUUGGUCAGCAGUGCUUUUUGCCCUGAAACUUCAACAUUCCCAUGGAUGCCUUUUUUCCCCAGUCUCUUUCUUGUUGUUAAAUCAUAAACUCUGACCUGAACUGAAAGAAAUAAGACCUGCAGAUCUUUACACAGUCUGGGUUCUUUUGUUACGUCAUGGAUAUAUCGUUUAUGUGGGCCAGCCUGAGGAAGUUCACUACUGUUCCAAGCUUUCUCCAUUUGCAGAUACCAAGGUUCGCUGGAGUCCCAAAACCUAAUAAAUUGCUUUGCAAUCCUUUCCAGACAGAUAGAUGUCAAUAACGUUUUUGUCUGUUUGCUUGUCUGUUUUUAGAUCGUGGCAUGAUAUGUUAUUUUUGAGAUCUUUUAGUGAUUGUCAAACACUUUCUAUGUAAGUGAUUUCUUGAUUCCACAGGUCAGGCGGGAGUUUGUAAGAGUUCUAACUGAAACUGAAAUUUUCCAAAUUCAUGAUUUAACAAGAAGGAAUAAUGACUUUGUCCACACAGGACCAGGUAGAUUUGGAGAUCUUUUUUCAAAAAAUAAACAAAAUCAUCAUUUCAAAAUUGCUGCUUAUAUUUGCAAAUGUUAGCUUUGACUAAAAUUACAAUCUGAAACACUUAAGUCUCACAAAUAUGUGAAGAACUAAGAAAUCAGGAAACGGUAAGAACUUUUUCAUCUUUUAUGUAGCUAAAGAAAGGCUUUUAUGCAAAAUACCAAUGUAAAAAGGAAUAUAUGCAAACGCAUAAGUUUGGGUGUCAAUAUUAUCUGAAGAUAACAAUGUUAAAAAAAGAAAAAAGAAAAAUAAACAGCCCUCUGAAUGAACCUGUGUGUUUUGGGGUUAUAAAUUACAAGCUGAUAUUUUUCUGGAGCAAGCUGAGUUACAAAUUGGAGAUCAACAUGUAUGGAGUCACUGCCUACUGAACAAAAUAGUGUCACUAUUCCUGGAAGAUCCCUCGGACCUCUGUGGGAAGUACAGCUAGGUCUAAGGUCUUUGUGUUUCCCUAAUGAGCAUCAGUAAUAAACAUCAAAUAUUAGAUGCAACUUCAUUCAUUGAUUUAUUUUUUCUUGUUUGCAGCAAACAGUUUUAUUUGUCAAGGCUAAUGGGCAGGUGGACUCAGGAGAUCAACCUCACAAGGAAGAGAACAAGGUCAGGAUUAGCUCAGAGUAGGUAGAUAAGCAGGUUUUGUGGUUAUUGUUAUUAUUAUUAUAUGAUUCGGCUUUGCUCUUGCUAAAUUGGUUUAAUAAAAUAUCCUGCAAUUAAAGUCUAAAUUGUGGACAUUCCCUUUUUAACCCUUUGUGAAACAGUAAAGGCACAAACCUCAGUAUUAAUCCUCAUUAGUAUAAAUAGCUCUUAUAGGUUACUCCAGCACUUUAAAAGUAACAGAUCCUUGGGGUUCAGUUUUAAGCCACUAAAUUUAACCUAGUUAGGUACCAAGUGCAACGAUCUAGAGGCGAGGUGCCAUAACAGCUGUUGGGGCUUCAAUGCUACUCGGGUUCCCAGAUUUUAUCAGAGGAAGCAGGGUAGCCACCUGGAUAACAGAGGCAGUUGGUACUGGGCAAGUAUCCACACAGAUCGGCUUCAUCUGAACUCUGCAGUGCCUGCUGGGUAAUACUCAUAGGAUCAGAGGUUAGGACUUUUAAACAGUGAGCUGAUCCAGACUUCCUUUAUUGAGGAGCUGGUUCCACCAGAAUGACACUUUUGAUCUCUAAUCUGGAUCUUAACCUGCUCCGGAGCAGGUUAGGUGUGCAGUAUAAGUUAUCCAUGGUGAGAAGUGAACCAUCUUCAUAGCAUAGGGUUGAUCCUGAAGUGACCUGGAUAAGCCAAAAUCCGGCUUCGUAGUAUAGGCCUCUGUUCAGCAGUGUUAGGGUAAGUGAAUCCAGAUAACAGAAAGAAAUCCUGGCUGUGCUGAACGAGUGAACACGAUGCAUGCUCAGUGUUAACAGAAGGAAAAUGUUGGCUUGUUAUUUUUCAUCACAGAUGUUUUAGUUGAGCCUGAGGGCUGUUUCCUUUUUUUACAUUUUAAAACAAUAAUUUGCUUGGUUGUAUUGACCCCUGUUAGCAUAAACUGGACUUGACAACCUCGUCAUCAGGUCAAAUCAAACCAUUUAAUGUAAAAACCAAUAAUGCCGUGUUCCACUCCAGGUCACUACCGAGUUAGUGCAUUCAACAAUAACAGCAAGGAAAAACAGGAUUUGUUUUAGUUUUAGCAAGAUUCAUUUAUCACUAACAAUUUAUUGUAUAUAAUGUUGGUCCCUGUGACUCUCCAGCUGGUUCACAUUGGCCCACAGUGUUGUUUUUGUUGUUUUUUCCGCCCCUCUCUUUCCCCCGUCUUUCCCUCGCUCUCCUCUGUCUGCCUGGGCAGAACUCAUUAAUGGGCUCCCGCUUUUGGCUGACGCAGAUGCGCUGAUGAUCCGCACCUGCCGCUAAUUAGUUCCUGUUUUCCCUGGCCGCUAGUUAUGGUUGCGGCUCGGAGCAGCUCAUCGCUGGAACGUUGAAUGCCCCGAGUUUGUAAAGCCCCGGCUAAGUCUAAGUUUGCUUUUGUGAUUGUUUGCCGUAGUGUUAACACUUGCUUCUGUGUUUAGGUUCCCUGGACCUGUUUGUGUUUCCUUCCCUGCACCCCGUGUGUGGCAGUGUGGACUGGAGUGUGAGAGCAGAAAGGCGUGAGUGCUGUCAGAGGAGAGGGUUGCGGAGAAGAGAGUGGACAAGCGACUAUUGAAGAGUCCCGUGUGUGGAUUCCCUUCCCUCUUUUCCACUUUCAUAUAUCUUGUAUAUAUCUUCACUUGUACAUAUUCUUGCACACCGGUGAUUGUGUAAAUAAAUUGUGAACUCUUGGUUUCCAAGCUGUGUCUGCGCCUGGGUCCUGUGUGACACCUACUUUCUGAGUGGGAAAUCAGAGUUUAUUUCCACAAAAAAUUUCCAACGGGGAACUCAAAAUUUCUGACGUCCAGCUUAUUCGGAAACAUAACAUUAACCCGGAGCACCGGCAGACCUACCUGAGGCCAUGUGAGACCAGACACAGACAUCUGCAAAGCAGAAGAUGGAAAGUGACCUCACUGAUAUGGCAUUCCAGUUGCCUCUGAACUCGGAUGUCAGAUCUAGGAAGUGAUCUCAUUCUUGAGUUGGUGCGUUCCAGAAAAAAUUCAUACUUGGUUUAGGUUCUUAAGAAGGUAGAGCCAUUCAGGUAUCACUAGCAAUGCAAAGUAAUACUGGUGUUUUUAUGCUUAAAACCCCAUUCAUGGACAGAGCCUGAUCACUGCAGCACAGACUAAACGUUUACUGUUUUACUGCUGUUUAUGUUCAGUGCCACCAUCGUGGACUGGUAACUCUGGGUAUGCUGGUCUACUCUGACCGUCACAACUGGAAAUAUGAAUUGAAAGGAAGUUACGCAAAAAAUUCCUGACUGGGAAUUCAGAAUUUCUCAAUUUCAGACUCACCAAGUGACAAAUUAUGUCUGUCCUAAGUUGACACCAGCUUAGAGCCUCAUAAUACAGUUGAUCCUAUAAACAGCAUGAUGCACUUGGUUUUAAAACCCCCUGAAGGCCCCACAGCUUAUGCUUGGUUGCUUUUUAUUGAUUUUAGCUCUGCCUUUAAUACUAUCCAGCCUUUUUCAGAAGCUAAAACAGAGUACACGGAGUUCUAUUAUUAAAUGGUAUUAUCCUUUUUCAACAAAUGUUUUAAAAAUUAUUUUUAAAAAUGUGCAGUUUCAGUUAUAUAACUAUGUCAGUUUUCAUGUUGGCUGGGUCUGCUCUCUCAAAAAAUCAUACUUCUAUUUCAGCAUUUUUGUGUUUCCUGUUUCCAGGAUGUAUAAGUAUAAUUAGACACAGAAUGAUAACAUGGUCUGAAAAUUUCUCAGUAAAACGGAGGUUAUUAAAAGUAGUGCAGGCAGCCACAAAUAUUAUAGUCCAGAAAGCCCACAGCUUUUAUCAGAACAGUGUGCAUUACAACAAGCCACAGGGGUUUUGUGCAAUUUAAGUCAUAUCGUAAAUUUACAGUUUUUGCCCGUUGCUUGAACACUAUAAACCCAUGCUUAGACUAAAGUAACACAACCUGAAGCUUUUGUUACCAAACCCCAAACACAUGUACCCAUACCUUAAACAAAAGCGCUGCUUUGCACUCUAGUUGCAAUCAUGCAACACAGUUACUCCUUUUUGCAACACACAUGGUCCUGCAUACUACACUCUAUUUCAUACAUAAGACACUUUGUUCAAAAAUGAAAUUUCAGGGUGCCAUUUGGAAAACACAUGUAUCCAAAAUACAAAACACAUUGGGUAAUUGCAACCACUCAAAUACACACCUGAAGGCACUUACUUGCAAAACUCAAAACCAAUUAGCCAACUACAAAAAGCCCUCAGUUUAGCCAUUUCAAGAACUUUGCAAGCAUGGAUCGAGGGAGCGCAAGAGGAAGAGGAGGAGGAGGUCGAAGAGGCCCUGCACGGACCCAUAUUUCUGAUGAUAUAAGAGCAACUUUGGUGGACCAUGUCAUCAACCAUGGCCUGACCAUGAGGGAAGCUGGGCAGAGAGUCCACCCACAUCUAAGCCGCUUCACAGUGGCAUCUGUAAUACGAACAUUCCGACUAGAAAACAGAAUGACUCGAAGACCUUCUGGGGGAGGACGCCAACGCCUGUUCACACAACAGCAGGAACUUGCCGUUGUGGACCUAGUGAGGGCAGACAAUGCCAUCCGUCUCCACCAGCUACGAAAGAAAAUACUUGCAGACAGGCAAGUAUUCAACAACAUAAACCAUGUGAGCAUCACCACCAUCAGACGCAUCUUGGGAAAACACAGCAUCACCAUGAAGCAGCUCUACAGAGUCCCAUUUGAGAGGAACAGUGACAGGGUCAAGGGACUUCGAGCUGAAUAUAGAAUCUUGGCCAUGGAUGGAGCUGCACAGCCUCAUGAAUUAAUUUUCAUUGAUGAAGCUGGAUUCGACCUGUGCAAAACAAGACGACAGGGUCGUAAUGUAAUUGGCCAAAGGGCAAUUGUGCACGUCCCAGGGCAGCGCGGGGGAAAUAUCACAUUGUGUGCCGCCAUAAGCCUUCGAGGGCUUCUGCAUCAUCAUGCAAAACUAGGUCCAUACAAUAGCCAACAUAUACUCACAUUUCUAGAUGCUCUCCAUAAUAUAGCUGUACAGAACAGCCCAGAUCAGCCCAGGUUUGUGGUGAUAUGGGAUAAACUGAUCCAUCGAGCAGCCCGAUGGAUCAGUUUCCAUCGGGCUGCUCUGGUCCAGGCCUGGUUCUCCAACCACAAUCAACUUGAAGUGGUAUACUUGCCCCCUUACUCACCAUUUUUAAACCCUAUAGAGGAAUUUUUUUCAGCUUGGAGAUGGCGUGUAUAUGACCGCCAACCACAUGCCCGCAUGCCUCUUCUGCAGGCAGUGGAACAGGCCUGCGGCGACAUUCAGGUGACAGCAAUCAUGGAUGGUUUCGACAUGCAAGGGGAUAUUUUCCCCGGUGCCUAGCAGGAGAAGACAUUGCUUGCGAUGUCGAUGAGGUCCUGUGGCCAGACCCCAACAGACGGCGGGAUCCAUGAGCCCACGUAUGCACAAUUGUCAUGAUUUUUUGUGUUUACAGUAUAGUGUUUUUUCUAUUACUGUAUUAGGGUUUUUGCUUUAUCUGACUUCAUGGUACUACAAUGUACAAUAUUGAGUAGGCCGAUUUGCUUUUUUGGUUGUUUGAAAUGUGUCUCCUGAAAAUAUGCCUUCUGAAUAAACAAUGAAAAUCAAAGGCUGCAGUGUUUUAUAUAAAGUAGACUAGUGUGUUCCCCCUGAUCUGAAAGUGUUUGCAUAUGAUGCAAGUAUGUGUCAUUUUGUCAACAUAGUUACAUUUUGACAAAGGAAUGUUAGGUUUUGAUAGCAGAGUUUCAAUUUGGCACAGAUGUGAAUGGUAUAUUUCCCAGUGUUGUGUCAUGUUUACUUGUGUUUAGAGUUUUGGCACAAUGAGCGAAGUUUUGCAAAAUGUGUUCAAGCAACGGGCAAAAACUGUAAAAGGUUUAAGAAUUCAUUUGUAACUUGCUCAAUUAAUGUUCUGAAUAGCUCUAAAAGUUUAUGGAGAUCUGUUGUGUUGCACUAACACAACAGUCAUACCUUCAAUUAAUUUUGAUUUCAAAAUAUGUAUACUUUUUAUGUAUGUCCUUUGUAUGUGGUUGUUGUAAUGCUUGCACUGUUGGAGGCCAGAACAAAUUUCCUCUUUGGAAACAAUAAAAUACAUUAAAACGAAUGAAUGAAUAUUUCUGUGGAAGCUUCUGAUUUGAUCCUACCAGUGCUUACUUAGGUUUAUACCCUAUAUUCUGCUAUAGUCUGUUCCUUGUCUGAUCAGCAGGGGGAAGCAGAAUACAGGGAGUGCAGAAGUAUUAGGCAAAUGAGUAUUUUGUCCACAUCAUCCUCUUCAUGCAUGUUGU